AUGCCGCACACCUCAUCCCCGACGCCGCAGCCCACCCAGGCGAGCCAGUGGAUGUACGCCGUGCAUCAGGAAAGCAUAGAGAGCCCGAGCCUCGCAAGGACGACCGAGCAGGUACCGGCGCCCGGCCUACGAGGAAGGGUCGAACCGCUUGGCCAAGCGAACGGCAACACCGAACGCGCCGAGUUCACCGCGACAACGGCCCAGCCGCCGCCCCAAACGCCCGACCUACAGCCAGCGGAGAUCGACGAGGAAGGACGCGCAGUGGGAACCGGGCAACCGGUGGCCCCGACGCUCGACCGCGUCGAGCCCACUGAGGCAGCGCAGGACCAGAACCUGGCGCCGGACGAAGGGUGGACGACGGUAGUCAAGAAAACUAAAAAGCCUAAGACCAAGGUGAAAAAGAGAACGACGCAGGAGGCUCAACAGGCGAGCCUAGGAGUAGGACUUCCGUCUGCGCUCCCUGCCUACCCGUCCUCCCUCCCGACUACGCACCCCGCCUCCCAGAUGACUCUUCCCCCGUUCCCGUCUGAGAUGUCUACCUACGAGUCUGAGUUCCCUGCCUUCCCGCUCCACUCGGACCCUCCCACUCCCGUAGUUAAUACACGCCGCGCCAGCGACAUCCGUAAGAGGCGACGCACUGACUCCGAUAUAGGAGGAGGCGGCCAACACGCAGUCCCCGCGCCCCAUGAUCUCGCUCACCCUACGCCCGCCGAGCCGCCCGCCCUCGGCGGCCAGGCGAGCGGGCACGCGCCGCCUGGACGUUACCAUGUAUCCGAGAUGUACCAAGGGCCCGCGACCGCAACGCCGCCUGCACCGGACGUAUGCCAGCCCGCCACGGAACCUCGCGUGGCGAACGCGCCGCACCGCCAGGCCACCCCAGGUCCAUCGAACCUCCCCUCGUGGGCCCACCCUGUCCCAUCGCACGUCAACCUCGACGGCAACUCCUUCGCCACGUCUUUCAUGGCUGCCCACGACCGCCUCGCUCGCAACAUGGGUGACUACCCCCGAGACAUCCCGCCACACCUCCUCUGGCAGACACCGAUGACGAGCCAGCACUACGGCUAUGGCCACCAGCUCGCCCCGCCGAAUGCAAGCACCACCCGCACCGAGCCCGACGUUCCGCCCCAGUGGCAGUCCCCGACCUUCAGGCCAGCCCGAUCGCGGGAAGGGAGCGUCGAGCUCCUCUACGCCAGCCGACCCGGGUCACCACAGACGCCACGCCCGCUGGCACGCCCACCGCUCCCAACGCCCUCCUUCACGCCGUCUACGCCCUUCGCGCCCCCGCCAGCCGCGGAGACAGUCUGCCUUCACCCCGGAACCACUCCAACGGCCGGCGAAUGCGCCGGCCGCGUCGCGACCCCCACUCGACCGCCCACCCGCCUUCAAGCGAUGGAGCCGCAGGACGUCGAGAUGGAAGAAGAAGAGCCGCUCCCAUGGCCCCCACGCGCACGCACCCACCGUCCCGCAAACGCCCCGGCCGCAGACAACGCCCCGCUCGCCCCUACCGCGAUCGAACUACCAGACGACCUCGCAAGCGCACCCACCUUCGCCACUGCCCCACCCCCGGCAGGCUGGCGCCGCAUCGAGAAGAAAUCAUUCUACGCCAGGAGCGAGAACGCCGACGUCGGACAACUCAACCACCUCGUCCGCGAUGAACGAUACUGCGUCGGGAUCCAGGUCGCGGGAUCGGGAGUGUACGACGACGACGGCUGGAAGCGCCUCUGCCUCAUCAGGAAGGCCCUCGCGGAACGCCUCAAUAUACGCACGCCUACUAUCCACAUCCCCAACCCUAUCACGACCCCAGGCCACAAUGAGGCCCCGUACGACUACAUCCUGAGCAAGCUCGACAAGGCGAUGAUGCUCCACCUCGUCGGCAUCGGUUGGCUCGACAUGGAGUACAUUUCCAUCCACUUCAAGGAUCUCACUGUCUCGCCUCCCCGUUACGUGGCCGCCUGGAUCUUCAUCGAGCGAUUCCCGUGGCCGACCGAGGACGGCAUCCUCGCGGAGUGCCUCAGCGCGUUACGAUCGGCGUUCGUCCAGCGCCAGACCCGUCGUUUCAUCACCAACGACAUCGGACGCGGAGGCCGCUGGCACACGUUCACGGUCGACGGAGCUUUCAAUUACAUUUGUAACUCUGCCGAGGUACGGAUCCUUCACAUGCACAUGGAGAACCGCGUCGAGCGCCCCAUCGCGCAGUUCUUCUGCGAGUCGCCCACCUCUAACGAGAACGAGUGGGUCGAGUUCUGUGAACUCUUCCGCUCCUACAGCUUCCGCGGACCCCACAGCCCCCAACCUGUCGCCUACCGCGAGCCAAUGCUGUGCAAACUAUGCCACUCAGCCGAUCACUCCAUUGGGCUCUGCGACCUGCUGACGCUACGCGGCUGGAAAGGGCCGACUGCAGCUGCAGUCGCCACCGCAGAGGCCCACGCCGCACUCGCCACCGCCAACGCCGCCCGCGAAGCGCAAGCGCAAGCGUACGCACAGGCCGGGCCGUCUCAUCUGGGCGUCGGAGCCCCACGAGGACGAGGCAGCGGCCCCGGCUACGGACGAGGAAACGGACGCGGCACAGGACGCGGCGGGUAUGGUGGCAACGGACGCGGUGGCUAUGGCGGAGGUGCGGCGCGAGGAGGACGCGGGCAAAGCUCUCGCUGGAACGGAGCGCAGCAGGCCCACCAGCAGAGCUCGACGCCGUACACGACCUGGUAG